UCGGCAUUUGCCUGUAGACGCGUGCGGUGGUUUGUCCGUAAAGCAGUCGAGUCGUGAACUGCACAUUGAAAAUGGCGUAGUAAGGUGGUAUAAUGCGUAACCCGUACCAUGUAAACGUAUCGCGAUAAGUUUUAAUCAGUGUCCAGGCGUUUGCUAUUUAACUUUCCGAGCAUUCGUAACGAUACCGUCCAACCGAGAGCAUUGUGGUUAAUUCGAUUGAUCAUUUUUACUUAUAGCAACGUGAAAAGUGUGUUUGUGUGUUGGUGACUCGUACUGUGAUUUGACAACGGAUGUGUUCGCGUUCACCGUAACGUUACAUGGCUCAAAGGAAGCGCACAAGCAUCCGCGACGUAAACGUGAUACGAUCUACGAGUGAAAAAUCCAAGGAUGGCACUCGUGCUCGCGAGAAGGCGAGAAUCUUUCCUCGUGACAGCUUGACGACCUCGACUCCAGACGAGUCCAAGAUGGCGCCACCGGCAUUUUGACACUUGCCCAAGAUCCGUCAGCUGGAUUUUACAAUCACCCCGAUCCUCGUCUAUUAUGAGCAGAGAAUUCGUGGUUUCCUGUGCACCUUACACUUAUCAGGUAAGGCAGUACCACCUUAGACAGUCUCAUGAAUUAUGUGGCAGCGCCGUUGGCUCGACGGAAGGCGUCGUCGGUAGCGUUGGCGGUAGCUGCAGCGGUGGUAACAGCAGUAGCGGCGGUGACAUGGAUUGCAUGCCUCUGCGUCCAGGGCCGUUUCACUACUUGAUAAGCGAGCAGGCGAAGUCCUUGGUGGCCCUUCAGGAGCUGCAGAAUGAGGUCGGCGCCCUACUCGAAUUCCGGGACCUCGUCAUCGAGACGUUCCCAAACCUCCGGCACAAGAUGGCCGCGACGGCGUCAGCGGGAGCGUCCGUGAUGUCGUCCACCUGCGCCCAGAACUCCCACAUCCCGUUGCCGCUCUCCAGUCCAUCGUCGAGGAGGAUCAACGAGUGGGAGCCUGGAAAGGUCAGACGCCGUGUGCCCCGCGAAGGUGGCGAGUCCUCGUCGUCCUCUUUGCCCAGGAGUCGCAGUAACUCGCACAGCGGCGGUACCAAGAACAACCACAGCGCCACGGUACAGGAUUCUGGCUUCAGCACGGAGACGUCCUCGAAGGACAGCGCCUCGACGGCGAUAGCACCUAGGCCGAGCAGUCCUCGGCCUGCCGUCUUGGACGAGGCCGAGGACGAGCUGUGGAACCUCUUAGAUGUGAUCCAUCGCAAGGGGAUCAGGCUCAGAGAGGAGGUGGAGUGUCUUCAGGGUCGAUUGGAGAGCGUGGCGCCCGAGGAUCUAGCGUCGACGGACAUCCUAGACGCUGUUAGGGAGGUUACGUGUUUGAACGGUGAAAGGACUACGAUAACGAUAGAGGACGGGAAGGAUGAGAAGGAGAGAGAUUCUCAAGUGAUCGCGCUUAGAAGAGAGAAGGAGCAGCUUCUCGAUAAGGUGGCCGAACUCGAGGCUGAGACUAUAUCGAGUCGAGCUAGGGCGCAAGAGCUCCAAUCGGAGCUUGCCGCGCUCUCUGCGUUGAAGACGGGCCUGGAGGAUAGAUUGAGGGCAGGACUGAACGAAACUUCCUCGGAUAUCCUCGCACCAGGCGCCCAGCGGCUGCAACCGAUCGCACCCGCGUUGCCAGUCGUUUCCUCGCCGAAGAGCAACAGCGUUAGUAACAUUAAGAGCAAGUCUUCGGCGUUCGCGUCGGUGGCGACGUCCGCGAAGGCUCACAAGAACCGUUUUCGGACGAGGACCAUCGAGAAGAACGUUCUGUUGGACGUCACCGCCCAUAACGAGGAGUUGCGCGACAUCGACAUCGAGGCCAGCGUCAACGAGAGAAGAGCAAGGUUGGGUGCGUUGGAUUCCGUCCUCGUGUCGCCCAUGAGGAUCGGCCACGUCAAGGACGUCGAUUCAAACAAGAUCGCUGCCAUUCUCCGCGAAAACUCUCCUCUCGAGCUCCAGCGGCAUUUGAUCACCACUACCGUCCACAACGAUGUCCUACAAAAGAGGUUAGACGAAGUACAGAAAAGCACGGAAACUCUCUCUGAACGGCUGGAUAAAGUAUGCGAGGAGAAUGACGACCUACGUUUCCAGCUGGAGGAGAGAAAUAUCCAGUUGGAGGGUACGCGGGCCCGCGUUCGGGUGCUCGAGAAGCUCCAGCAGCGGACUCCGACGGAAACGGAUCCAGAUAUGGACGGAGACCAGCCUAGAUGCGAGCAGAUCGGUCUCGAGCCUGGGAGCAGCACGGAGUCGGCCCGCGACCAUCACCAAACCGUCGAGGUGAAACCGUCGCCUCGGCGCCGUCCUAGUCGUAUACCCUUGCUCGGUGCCACGGCGAAGGCAACCGCUCCCAGACCGCCUAGCCACGGAAGGAACGAUAGCAGAGAAUCGUUGAAGUCGUUGACGAGACCUCCGCGCGAUUCUAGUCGCGACAGUCACGGUGGCAAGUCUCUGUCCAAGGCUCGCGACUCCGCGCGAGACUCGCUCGGGAACAAAAGCCUGACGAAGAACGGUAGCAACAGCAACAUCGGGGCCGGCAAUAACAACGGGAACGGAAACAGCAAGGAGACGAACAGGGAGUCCCUGAACAGGUCCCUGCCGCGUAACAAUUCCAGCCGAGACUCCUUAAACAAAUCCUUCUCGCUGUCCCGCGCCCGUGACUCGCUGGAGUCUAACAACCUCGGCGCGUCCUCAUCCCCGGGGACGACUCCUCCUCGACGACCGCCCGCUCCUGCACGCCGUCCCCACAGCCAGGUCCGCGCGUCAACAUCCGUUGAUACAGAGAACAGCAAGAGACUAUCAACCGACACUUGCUUAAAAAACGACGAAUCGCCCGACGAUCCACUACCAAAAUGUCUGAUCUGGAGCGCAGGCGAGCGUGCGUUCGAGCCCGUCCCCGGCGGUCCAAUAAAGAACAUGGCCCCUUCUCGCGUGCCGCCGGUUUUUCUCAGCUGCACGGAACCGCCAAGUUCCUGGUGCUCGACGAACGGCAGCUUCCGACACAGCGACUCCUCUCUGUACCCGGACUCCUUGAACCAGGAGACCUCGUCCGUAACUGGCUCCACCAAAGUGGAAUUCAUCAUUGGUUCGCCUACCAGACGAUUCAGGCAAAGCUCCGUCUGGCCUCAUCGCUACUUCGACAGCAUAGACUCAGCCGCGAUGCUGCCAGAGAGUCUUUUGACCGACGAGUUCUCCCUUCGUCGUGGCGAGGCGCUCGCCGAGUGCGAUUCCCUCGAGUGUCAUCCGAUUUCGAAUGAUAGUUGAAUCGUCGAGCUUGCAUCGUUCUGGCAGGUGUAGUAAAGAAUCUUGGUACCUCGGUGGCCCGGUAAUCAUGCUAAGUGUUCACUUGAGAGUUUCGUUUUUAAUCCUCUGCGGUCCAGAUUUUCUGAUUCGAGCGCAGUUUCGUCGAGCCUCGUUCAACGUGGAACUGGAAAGGGUUAACAGUUGCUAUGACCGUUAAGUCUUUCGUGCCUUUAUCUAUGUACACCGAGUAUUUACUUUGUUUAAUGGAUAUCGGUCUGCUUUGUCAGAAAUAUAAUGAAAGGAAUAUAAUAUAGAUCAGUUUCACGACUAAUUUAUGUUUGGAUUGAAACGUGAUUAAAGGUAGACGUUUCAUUUAAUCUUGAAAAGGUAAGCAUCCAGGUCAUAUUGUUACUGUAAAACAGAUGGGCACGUAAGCUAUUUCUAGCGAAUGCCUACCUCCACUGUUUCAAUAUUUAUGUUUGAAUGUUAUACUUGUCGGACACUUUUAAUUUUUCAUGAUAUGAUUAUCAGGAACAUUUUAUUGGCCAGAAAAUAGACUUUUUGUCUCGGCAGCAGAACCAACUCUUUUUGUUAUCAAAAUUUCUAAUAAUUAUAUCCUGAAAAAUAAGGCUGACUGGCUUUAUCCGUAUGUUAGAGAGUCAUAAUUUUUUCAAACGACAAUAACUUGUUGCAAUAAAUAGAAGUCUCAAUUGCAAGGUUCUUUAUACGUAAUACUUCGAAUAUACUUUCACAAAUCCCAGUUAGUAAAGAUUAAUUAAAACUGCAUACGGUAUACGAUAGAUAAUGAAUGUGUAACCAUUUAUUUACAUUCGCUAGGAUUACGUUACGAUACCAUAUACUAUAGCUUUAAAAAAAAAACACUAUAAAACGCACUAAAGAAUUUUGCUGUCUAUAGUAAUUAAACUCUCAAGUGCACACAGCAGUGAAAAAGAAUACUCGAUACUCAAAGGUUAAAUGUAUUACAUACAUGCUUCGAACGUUCAAUAUCUCUGCACUGGAAAAUUGGAACAUACAGUUUUACGUUACUUAGUUUUCCGAACUUUACCAAUAGAAGAUAUUCUAGAUAUUGGUUACUGCUUUGACCUUUGAGUGUUGAUUGAAAGUUCUUUUAAAUGGCCCACGACAUACGUUUUUGUUCCAUGAACUUUUGUUUUCUCCAUUUUCUGUACCAACUCUCGUGACCUACUAGAAACGUUCGAUAAAAAAUUGAUUUCUAGCCCUUUAUCACCCAGGUGACAUUUAGUUUCUGAAAACACGUUAUAAAAGUCACAAU